AUGUCCAAUGCUAUUCAGAAUAGAUCAUUCUUUCAAAAUAUUAAACCUCAACAAAUAAUUGACAAACCCGUUUACGGUCAUACUACUAGUUCUUCAGAAAUUAUAACAAUUCAAAUUAAUCAAACUGGUUCAACUAUUGUUUUAUCAAGAACUGAUAAAUCUAUAAGAAUAUGGAAAACUUAUCCUGAUAGAAUUGGAGAUACAAUUACUAUAGAAAAUGCUCAUGGUAAUAAUAAAACAAUUGAAAGUAUUGCUUUUAAUCCAAAAUUUGAUUGUCAAUUUGCAACGGUUGCAAAAGAUGAAUAUAUUAAAAUUUGGAAAGGUCAAAAUGGUCAAUUAGAAAAUUCAAUUAAAACUAAUUCUAAUGGCUUAAAAUUAAUUAAAUAUUCAAAUGAUGGUGAAAUUUGUUCAUGUAUUGAUAAUGAAAAACAAAUUUCAUUCUUUAAUGUUUCAAAAAAUUAUAAAUUUAUACAUAAAAUUCAAUUAGAAGAUUAUGUUUAUGACCUUAGAUGGUUUAAUUUAAAUCAUGAUUAUUUUAUAUGUGGUUUACAUAAUGGUAUAAUUAAACUAUUUAAAUUUGAAUUUGAAUUGGAUAAAUUGAUAUUGAAAAAAGAAUUAUUAGGUCAUAAAUCAUCAAUAACUUCAAUUGCAAUUAAUCCAAGAGGUUCAUAUUUUUGUUGUGGAUCACAAGAAGGUUCUGUAAGUAUAUGGAAUACUCAAGAAUUUCUUAACCUUAAGAAUAUUUCUGAUGUAGAUCAAAGUAUUGCAAAUCUAGAUAUUAGUAGAGAUGGAACAUAUAUUGGAAUAUCAUAUGAUAAAUCAUCUAAUAUUAAAUUAUAUGAUUAUCAAAGUAGUGAAGUUAUAUUUGAAAUACCAAAUACUUCAAGUGGUAAUAUGACAUAUAGUAUUGUUAAAUGGUUUCCAAAUAAAACUUCAUUAUGUUAUAGUAGUAAUCAUGGUACAACGUUAACAGUGAUGCUUAAAACUACUGUAAAUCAUCGAUAA